AGUACCAACUGACAGUUUCGUUCAUAUUACAUAUGGCAUGAAAGAAUAAAACGUUGUUUCCUAACCAAUAAAGCAGAUAAAAAUGAAGCCUCUAAAUAAAUUUAAAGAUAAAAAUGUGAAAAAGAAGAAGAAACUGAUAAUUAAACCGAAAAAAGAUCAAGUGCUUGUUGUAGCACAAGAAAUAAAAUUCGCCAGAUUGCUGUCGGGCAAUGAAAAGAGAACUAGGGACAGAGUGUUAAAAGCUUUAAAGAAGUGGCUGUCUAACUGCUUCGAGAAGUCCCAUGUAUUUAAAGAAGAUGAUUUCAUUCGAGUGUGGAAGGGCUUGUUUUAUGCUGUGUGGAUGUCAGAUAAACCUCUUAUACAGGAAGAACUAUGUGAGAGUAUCGCUGGAAUACUGGAUUUAUUCCCAGUGGAACAAAUUGCACCUGCUGUGCUGAUGAUGAAGGCUGGUUUCCGAGUGCUUGCCACAGAGUGGUAUGGCAUUGAUCACCAUCGUAUGGAUAAAUUCCUCAUGUUGGUGCGGCGGUAUCUCAGAGGCGGGCUCCGGUGUCUCCAUCGUACCAGUUGGAGUCUUGACAGUUGUGAAAUGUUUACAAAAAUGUUGACCGGACCUGAUGGUAUAUUCGCUGUAAAAACUCCUCAUUAUGCAAGGAAUGCCACAUCAAUGCUUAUGCACAUUACUGACUGUUUUUUAGAAGAGUGUGCUAAGGUAUCCGGUGGAAACAUUCCGGAUGCCAGCAUGGUGAUGCUGAUUCGUCCGUUUGCGGAAUAUAUGGGUUUUGGGGAGACGGCGGUGGUGAACGCCAGUUGUCGGCGAGUCCUCAACGCACUGGUGCGGCAAAGUGAGUUGGGGCUGGAGUAUCAGCAGGCCACACAGGCAUGGAAGCAGAUGGGGUGCCCACAAGGCGGUCCUGAAGCUUUAGAAAUGGUUUCUGAUGAAGACGAGACUUUAAGUGGAGACGAAGUCGAGAGUGAUAAUGAUGGCGCUGAUAAGCCGCUGGACCCUCGAGCUGGACACGUUGACGUAGUGUUGGCGAGCUUGCCUGUUCCCGCAAACAUGAUUGCCGACAUGCUCAGGAGUUUGUUGGCGAAGGCUUCGUCUAAAGCUCACAAACGGAUUAAAAUAUGUAUGCAAAGGUUCGAGCGACUCUCCCAACAGGAGUAUCCUCUCCCCGCAGAAGUACCUCCGUCUGUGGAGGAGCCUCCUCUCCGGCCCACUGUGGCCGCCAAGAACUUGCUACGACAUGAAAGGCAGAUGGUGGAAGAGGCUGACGAGCUGGCGCUCAGAGGAUUGAGUCGCAAGCAGCGCAGACGGCUGCUGGCGCGGUCACGUGCAGGGAUCAGCAUAGUAGAUACUGAAAUGACUAGUGAUAAUGCUACAAACGAUGGUUGGACUGUAGAAUCUACGGAACCACAAUCACAGAAUCAUGACUCAUCCAACAAGGAGAAUGUGGACAAAACCAAGAAAAACAAAAGAAAGUUAAACAAUGAGAAUAAAAAUGAUGCUAAAAAACAGAAAACUAGUAAUUCUAAACACAAUAAUGGCAACAUUAAACAAAAUGAAGUUGUAAAUAAUAAUAAAAUUAAAGAUAAUGGAAAGAAAGAUAAAAAUAUUAAAUCAAAUGUUGAAAAAAAUACUAAAGUAAUACAGAAUGGUGUUCGUAAAACUGACAAGUCACUUCCUGUGAAGAAAAAGAUGCACAAGGAAUUUGGUAUUAAUAAGAAAGAAAAUAUAAAAGAAGUAAAUAGUAAUAAUAAGAAAGAAACUACUGUUAAUAAGGAUAAUAAUCGUAAUAAGUCAAAUAUUCCGAAUGUUAAGAAUAAAAUGAAAUCUGAUAGUAAAAUUGAAAAUAAGAAUGUUACCAAGAAACCUACAGUAGUUGUUAAUAAAGUGAAAAAUUUCCAAAAGCAAAUUUCACCAAAAGACAAAAGACUAGAGAGUGUAUUGAAAAAAGCAUCUUAUCACACUCCAAAAAAGGUGAAGUUCGUGUUAAAAAACAACUCAAUGCAAGGUACAAUGGACUACUAUAAGAGUGUGCGGCAGAGUCCAAGCAUCCCGUUUGAUGGCAGCAAAAAACCGUCGAAAACCAACCUGAAGCCAUCCACUCCAUCACCUAUCAAUCCGUUCUUCAAAAAGAAGUUGAAACUCAAAAAUUAAAUGUGUUUCAAUAAAAGUAAUGAAAUGUU